GUCACCCCUCGGCCCUCCACCGUCUACGCCGUCACGUCGUCCACACCGUCCUUCAUCUCACCGAGAAGUAUCUCGAGCUACCUUAGCCUCUCCUCCAAGGCCUCCAACUUCGUACUUUCAUGUCUCGCUUGCCAGAUCAUCUCCGUCUUCAGCCCGCCAAUGACACGCCAGCCUGCUGCAUCUCUUCAGCCACUGGCUCCUGUUGUCUGUUUCGCCGAGAAUAUGGUCUUUUCUUCUCAACCAAAUGCACGCUAGAACCUCACAGUUUUUCAUAGUAGUUUUUUUUGGGCUACACGACGCCUCUACCCGUAAAGAGUAUUCCCGCCCGGCUUUGCCUUUGUUGAUCGUUUCCUGCGUCAGUAUUCCCGAUGUCCCUGUUGAGAGUCAAGACCAAGGGGCCGCUGCAGAUCAUGUCAAGCUUCAGAUCUUGGCUCUCGUUCUCUGCAGACACCUACAAGUGCCACAGUACUGUGGCACCACACCCUCUGCGUCCUUGAAGGCUUGAACCUCGAAUACCUGACUCAGAAAAUAAUGUGCGCCAGCCAAGUGUAGCUAUGUGUACUCCGUACGGAAUAUUGUCUCUUAGAUCCUAUGGCGGAACCUGGCCGACAAACACGUCAUAUCAUGAUGGAUGAGACGCGCGAGACUGACCCAAAGAAACACUCGACACGACAAGGAUAUCAGUUGGCUCGUUAGUACGGAGUAGAGGACAUCAUCAAGUAUUCGCAUAUCCUGACAUUGUACAAACACGCUGGGGCACCUUGACUCGUCCCGCUUGCGUACUCAUCUCGCACUUUGAAGCAUUAGUCUGAAAGACUUGGGGUCUCGAGACAAAACGAAUGCUCCGUCAAAGAAACUGAUACGGUGGUGGAUAGACGGCACAAUCUCACCCUCAUCUCUUGGCUUGGCCCCUCUGCCCCUUGGUCUGUGGCCUCUAUCGUUUCCUCCUCCUGGAUCUUGGCAGGCUGUGCCAAAGGACCAACCCUGCAAUCAAAUACGGACGCUACCCGUUCUGCCCAGAAGGCCCGUCCGGAUAUUGCUGGAUGCAAUAGGACCUCGGAUGAUGAACCACGGUUACACAGUCCACAGCCUUUUUAACUGGGCACCUCGUCAGUGUCAUCCUUGAAUCUGGAU